GGUUCGCAGAAGACAGAGUUGGACUGUGUGAACGUCCAGUGUGAGAAUGAAGAUCUCUGUGUGUUUCCUGCCGUUGCUGCUGCUCUGCUCCGUCUCCACGGGUGAGCAUGACACGGACGCGCAGGACGUCCACACUGUGCUGAGAGAGAUGACCGCCUCAUUGGCUCAACUGAAGGUGGAGAUGACGUCCGUACAGAAAGAGAAUCAAGCAUAUGCAGCAAGGCUCAAAGACCUGGAGAGGCAGGAGACUGUGGUGGAGAGGCACGAGGCUGAGAUCAACAAACUGAAGCAAAAUCUGGAAGCCCAACAGGUGGCUUUCUCAGCCUCUCUGGUGGCUGAAGGUGACGCGACGAUCGGACCCUUCGACAAACACACAACUCUGAUCUUCAAACACGUCAUGACCAACAUUGGAAGUGGCUACGAUCCAAACACAGGUGUGUUCACUGCACCGGUGAGAGGAGCUUACCACUUUCAGUGGUACAUAGGUGCGCAUGGAUCCAAUACAGCUGCCGUGUUGGUCAAGAACACAAACCACAUUUUUGCAGCACAUGAGCAGCAGGGAUCCGGUUUCGGGAGUUCUUCUCAAGGCGCUGAUCUUCUUCUGGAGGCUGGAGAUGUCGUGUUUGUGCGUUUGUGGGUGAACAGUAAGACAUAUGACAAUACCAAUCGCCAUACCACCUUCAGUGGUCACCUGCUUUUCACCAUGUGAGAGGGAAACACUCCCUCCUUUUCUUCACUAUAUGGAAAUGAAGAUGUUUUUCAUCCGGCUCUGCUCGAUGACGGACAACAGUGUUUCUACUGCGUCCUUCCUCCUCUUCUCAAAGUUUGAGGAGAUUCAUUGUUCUGAUUCUGUCGUUUGAAUUAAAGCACAAACAUAUUAUUGCAAUAUUA